AUGUACUUGAGGGCAGCAAUAUUGUUUUCGCUAGUUAUAUUUUUCGGGAAUAUAAUGGCAAACGCCUCCAAGCUGGAGUUUACAAAUAUUAAAUGCCAUGCAAAGGACACGGCCUUUCUGGACUUUGAGUACUGCUACAUAAAAUCCGUCAAUCGCACCUAUAAGUACAUAUCCAUCAAGGCCAUUAUGCACCAAGUGCCCAUUACAAACGGAUCGGCCAAACUUCAAAUUUUGAGAAGAUUUCGGUCCUACAUGCCCAUAACCAUAGCCGCCAACAUCGAUGUGUGCAAGUUUAUGGCAUCCAAGAAGAACUUGGCCAAUCCAAUGCUCCGACUCUUCGAGGACAUUACCACCAACUUCACAAACACCAACCACAAGUGUCCCUAUGAUCACGACCUCUUCGUAGACAGACUACCUGCCCAGUUUCUGAGUGAGCACUUCACCAAUAGCCUGCCACUUCCGCCGGGGGACUACAUGUUCAACAGCAAAUGGUACACCAACAACAUAGAACGGGCCACCAUCUACGUAUAUUCCACUAUAUCAUAA